UUAGAAAAUGGCGAAUGAUGCAUCAUGUGCUGCUGUGACAUUUAUUCAAACUCUUGCACACGAAGUUAAUGAAGGGGAUGUAGAAACAAUCAUUCAUCAACAGAAACAUAUGUUAACGAGAUUUGAAAAGACUAAUGAGAUGCUAGUGAAUUGUAAUGCUUUAUCAGCUUCUAGAUUUGAAGUUGCCAGCAAAGAGCUGAAAAGACACACUCAGCUACUAACAGACAUGAAGAAAGACCUUGAUUCUGUUUUUAGAAGGAUACGAUUUUUGAAGAUGAAACUUUCUCAGCAGUACCCAGCAGCUUUUUCAGCUUGCAAUCGUGAAAUUAAUGUCUUGGAUGAAGAAGAAGAACAAGAAGAAAAAGAAAGCAAACAAUCUAGAAACACAUCUAAGCCGAAAGAUGGUAGCAGUUCAGGAAGUCAGGAAAACUCUCCUAGUUUUGUUACCUCUCCUUCAAGUUCUGAUGACGUGGGAUGAAUAUAGUUUAUAAAAUUUGAUUAAUAUCUGCAAAAUUUUCCAUUAAAUUUAAUUUGUAAUUGUUUCCUCAAUUGAACCUUUUCAGUUAAUAGUAGUGAAGCAGAACCUGGUUGAAAUUAUAGACUGGGCUACAAAAGGUUCUGUGCUUUGUGUUGUUUAUUCUUAAAAUCUCUGUGUUCUACUAAUUCAGAAAGAAAAGUAGACAGAAUUUUGUGUUGCCAUAAGAACAGAAGCACACAACUAACUGGCUUGUUUAUUACUGCUCUAUUGUUAUAAUAUUUUUUACAGGUGUGUGUUUAAUAACUUGUCAGGAUAUUAAUCUUGGCUUGAAUCCUAGGAUUUUGGCUUAUGUUAAUGUUUUGAGGUUAAUGCUCUUUAUCAGCUGAACUACCAAAACACUAGUCUCAACUAAACUGUCAAUUAUAGUAUGCAUAUAAACAUACAUACUUUUGUAUCAUUUUAUGAACUAUAGCUACACGUCAUGUGCAUUAGAGAAUUGAGGAAAACAAAGUCAGUUCUGAGUUUCAAAAAUAUUUCAUUUAGUAAAACAUUGGUUUUACCAGUAAAGGCAUCAUUAAGUACUGGUGAAACCAUGGUUAUAGUAAGUAAAAUAUCUGUGAAAUUUACAAAUGUCUCUUUUCCUUAAUUCUGUAAUAAUGAAGUUUCACUAAGUACCAAUGGAAUCAAGUGUUAAUUAUAUAAUAUACAUUAUUUAAUUCAAAAUUAAAUCAAAAAUAUAAAGCUUAUGUGUAUCUGUGCUUUAAAGUUGGAUGUAAUUAACUAUGUCAUCAUUUUCAUAAAAAAAAUUUUUUGUGUUGGAUCAAGUCAAACACUUCAAUAUUUAUCAGAUUUUUACAUAGACAUUUUUCUGUUAUUGCUUGUACCAAGGCAGAUGAUGUUCACUACAGGUUUCAUGUAUAUAUUUUACAUUUCUGAAAUCCCCGUCACACCAAACAUGCUCCCUCUUUCAGCCAUGGGGGCAUUAUAAUGUGAUGGGCAAU